AUGCCAACAACGAAUCCAAUGACGAAUCUUGCACUGAGUACAGAUAGUGUCACAGCUACAAUUUACCAGGUUCCUAAUCAACCAUUUCGUUUUUGGGAUGAUCCAUUUAAUAAGCCUCGAGAUGAAGAUGCACUUAUUGCUUGGACUUGGAAGAAAUUUUUUGAUACCAAUGGCAGUGAUCCAACAGUCCUUCUUCGUUUUCCAAUGACGAAAGCAGUCGUACGAGCGAUGGAUACCAUUGAACAAUUCUUAAAACAACAAAACCUUAUUGUACCAGAAGAAUUUGUUAUCGGUGGUGCUUCAAAACGUGGAUGGACAACAUGGACAACUGCAGCCGUCGAUAAUACACGAGUGGUAGCUGCAGUUCCUAUCGUCAUGGAUCUAUUGAACAUUCGACCAAGCAUGAUGUCACAUUAUCGUUCUCUUAGUGGAUGGACAUUUGCAUUUUAUGAUUAUUACGAAAUGAAUAUUACUCGAUAUAUGAACAACUCUAUUUUUGAUAAAUUGGGUGAAAUGGUUGAUCCAUAUUCAUUUUUGGAUCGAUAUAGCAAAACGAAAAUUUUUCAACUUCAAGGUGCUGGUGAUGAGUUUUUUCUACCUGAUAGUGAAGACUUUUUCUGGAAUGAUUUACAAGUAGCUACUGGUGGAUCUCAUUUAAGGCGUAUACCUAAUACGGGCCAUAGCAUAAGAGGAUAUGAAGAAAGCCUAGCUAGUUUUUAUCUAAGCGUUGCAGAUAGAAUACCAUUGCCAUCAAUGAAAUGGACACGUACUGUGAAUGGAACACAUGGUAUCAUCCAUGCUAUCAUUGAUUUCAGUGCUGGAAAACCGAAGGUUGCAGAUGUUGCUGCUUAUCAAGCUCGAACCAGUGAUACUUUGAGACGUGAUUUUCGACAAGCAAAACUUGAUCUAACUAAUGGUCAGGUUGUUGCUAAUCCUAUUAUUUGGACAAAUACAGCUGUUCAAUUCGAGGUUGAUCAAAUAGGUUCAACUGCUUCCUAUUCACUUACAGUUCCUAUCCCCACAGAUGGUCAUUGGAUUGCUGCUCUCAUUCAAGCUACAUUUCCUGGACGUGAAGGCACAACAUUGACUUUAACGACAGAAACCCUUAUUUUACCAAAUACUUAUCCAGUAGAUGAAUGUCAUGAUCAAGAAUGCUUUGGUCGACUUGUUUAG